AUGGCUAACUUUACCAUUUUGACUGAAUUCCUCCUCAUGGGAUUUUCUGACAUCCGACAGCUGCAGAUCAUGUAUGCUUUUCUUUUCUUACUCAUUUACUUAGCAACUCUGAUGGGAAAUCUCCUAAUUGUUGUAGUUACUACAUUUGACAGGAAUCUCCACACCCCCAUGUACUUCUUCCUUAGGAAUCUGUCAAUUUUAGACGCCUGCUUCAUAUCAGUCACCAUCCCCAAGGCAUCUAUUAACUCCCUAGUGAACAACAGGGCUAUCUCAGUUGUUGGAUGUGCAGUUCAGGUAUUUCUAGUGAUUUUUCUUUCAUAUUUUGAGAUUACUUUACUCACUGUCAUGGCCCAUGAUCGCUAUGUUGCCAUAUGCCACCCACUCCACUAUCAAAUGAUCAUGAACCCUCGGGUCUGUAUGCAGAUGACCUUAACAUGCUUGCUCACGGGCCUCCUGUAUGCAGGUUUCCAUACUGGUUACACAUUUCGAUUGCCUUUCUGCCAAUCCAAUGUCAUCCAUCAGUUUUUCUGUGACAUUCCUUCUUUACUCACGCUCUCUUGUGCAGAUACUUUUAGUAAUAAGAUAUCCAUAAGAGCCUCUGUUCUGGGGGUUGGGGUUGGCUGCUUUGCCUUCAUCACUGCAUCUUACUUUCGUAUAUUCUCUACUGUGUUCAAGUUUCCAGUGAAAGAAGACCAAAGAAAAGCCUUCUCUACUUGUGUCCCCCACAUCCUUGUGGUUUCUCUGUUUGUAAUGUCAGGCAUUUAUGUGUACUUACAACCACUUUCACAUUCUGGAUCCAUCAAAGGUUUCGUCCUUUCAAUGGUCUACUCUAUAAUACCUCCUUUCCUGAACCCCAUCAUAUAUAGUCUGCGAAACAAGCAGAUAAAGGAGGCUGUGAGGAUAGUAGUGCAAAGAAAGAUUUUUAAAGGAAUAUAG